AUGACGGGGGGUCCUUUUGCCGAAGCUGAGUCACCAGCGGGGCCGAAUCAGUACGUCGAUUCCACGCUGGCGUCGAGAACUUAUAAGUGCCUGCUGGUGUCUCACCACGACGUUUUUGUAAUCGUCGAGCCUCGCCAUCAGCACCUCGCACUGCAGAUCGCCGCCGCUACAGAGGCACUACGUGAGCCGUGGAAAAUAUCGAUGCUCGUGCGUAACGAAGGCCUGUUGGCGCCCGACGCGUCGCAUGAGCCCAACAUGGAAGGAUGUUGGUAUGAAGUGCAGGCUUCGCAGUUAUUUGAGUAG